AUGCCUCCUUCGAUCCAAAUCCCAGACCAAUUACCCUGGAAUCCGAACAACACGCAGUUUCCUUCAAUCAAAGAUCUUCCGAAAUUAGCUGGUGCGCCGGAAGGCGCUGCUUGGGUCUGGGGGGAAGAUGAUGAGUUGGGUAGAUUAAAUCUAUUGACACCGCAGCGGGUGAAGGCUUCUACUGCUGAGAUUGAGACUGGCGAAAUGGUUCGACUGGACCUUCCUCUCACGGUACCUGAAAAACCUGCUUUUGACCGCGAGGUAUUCCAGCAUAAUAUCAAGACAAUCGCUCCGGAUAUCUCCUAUGAUGAUACAUAUACCAUGAACACGCAGAGUGGGACGCAAUGGGAUGGAUUUAGGCAUUUCUCCCACAUUGACAGCAAGUUGUUCUACAACGGGGCCAGAAGCACCGACUUCCUAGGCCCAGCAGCAAACCACCGCUGCAGCAUCCACCACUGGGCAAACCACGGCAUAGCCGGCCGAGGAAUCCUCCUAGACUACUAUCACUACUCCCAAACACAUAACAAACCCUACAACCCCUACACCAACCACAGCAUAACCCUAUCCGACCUAAAAGCCUGCGCAACCUCCCAAGGCCUCGAUCUCCGCCCCCAAUCACAAGGCGGCGACAUCCGCAUCGGAGACAUCCUCCUCAUCCGCUCGGGCUUCGUAGACAAGUACCACGAACUCAGCUCAGAGGAACGCUAUGCGGCAGCAACACGGUCCCACGAGGACCUAUGUUUUGCAGGAGUGGCGCGCGAGCAGGCUGUGCGGGAUUGGUUACAUGAUUGCUAUUUUGCUGCUGUUGCUGGGGACUCGCCAACUUUUGAGGUGUGGCCGGUUCCGAAGCAUGAUUAUUUGCACCAGAGUUUGUUGGCGCUUUGGGGUGUUCCUAUUGGCGAGAUGUGGGAUUUGGAGAGGUUGGCUACCUUGUGUCGGGAGAGGGGGAAGUGGUCGUUUUUUGUUACUAGUGCUCCGGCUAAUAUGCCUGGUGGUGUUGGGUCGCAUGCGAAUGCUACUGCUAUUCUUUGA